AUGGAGUGGGAGCCCAACGGCGCUCCCAUAGACACCUCACCAAGCACCUCCUCUUUCCAUUCCCCCGUAAACGGCUCAAACGGCACGGCGGCUGCGGCCGCUGGGCCCGCGGCCAAUGGCGCAACUCUCUUCAUCUCCCUCGACACCAAUGUCCUCAUCGACCAGCUCUCGGUUGUGAGCGAGGUACACGCGCGCCUGAUUUCCGCAGGCUCCACAACAUACCUUCUGGUCGGACAGCAGGCCGUCAAUGAGCUUGACGGAUUGUCAAAGAGCACGCGCUCCGAUCUCGCGGCAGCCGCGCGCGAAGCGACGCUGUGGCUGGACACGACGAUACGUGGUCCGCGCGUGGGGCGAGCGUCGCGCCUGCGCAUCGAGAGCCGCGCGGAGCGCAUCGCCGCCGCGUUAGAUACGCACGAGGGCGUGGGCAUUCAGGCGCGCGAGGACGACGCGAUCCUCAGCUGCUGCAUAUGGUUUGGGCGCGCGGCUCCCGUACUCCUCUGGACACACGACCGCAAUCUCGCGGUCCUGGCGGAGGGGAGCGCGGUGCGCACCCUCGUCGGGCGCGCAGGGGCGCUGCGCCUUCUGCGAGAGGCGGGUGUCGCGCUGGACGCUGAUGAGGGGAUGGAGCUGGACGUGGAGAUAGCCGCGAGCGACGCCAUUAGCCACGCGCGCGCCAUCGCUGCGCGGCUCGACGACCUCGACUCACCCGACAAGCCGGUGGAUUUGCGGCGUGCGCUUGUGCGUGCCUUCGCACAUGCGCGCAAGUUCGCGGCUUACCUUGCCGGCGAUCCUGAACGCGUGCGGGCUGGCGAGGCGGCCAACGCGCUUCUCAUCGUCGCCCAGGAGCUAGGGAGACUGAUGCCGCUCGACAAAAACGCAUGGGCUGCCGCUGCGGCGCAGGUCCGGCAGCUGCCCUAG